AUGGACAGGCGCACUCCCUUCACCCUGAGCGUGCUCGCUCCUAGCACAGAUGGCGCCGAGGAAUCUCGCACUCAAAUUCAGGCGAGACUAAGAGAAUUCGUCUUAGAGUUCCAGCUGGAUAAUGCGUUUAUCUACCGGGAUCAAUUACGGCAGAACGUCCUUGUCAAGCAGUAUUACUGCGAUAUUGACAUCGCUCACUUGAUUUCCUACAACGAAGAGCUGGCACACAAACUUACGACCGAACCCGCAGACAUCAUCCCUCUUUUCGAAGCAGCUCUUCAACAAUGUACCCAGAGGAUCGUCUACCCCUCGCAAAGAGACAUUCAGCUCCCCACUCACCAGCUCCUCCUGCACUCCUCCGCCACUCACAUCUCGAUUCGGGACCUGAAUGCGACAAAUAUCUCUCAUCUUGUCCGCAUUCCUGGUAUCGUGAUUGGUGCCUCUACGAUUUCCUCCAAAGCCACGAUUGUCCACAUCCGUUGCAAGAAUUGCGACCACAGCGAUAAUCUGUCCGUCGAGGGAGGCUUUGCCGGUCUCUCACUUCCUAGAAGAUGUGGACGAGAGAGACAGCCUGGUGAGGGCAUCCAGGAACAGUGUCCACUGGAUCCGUACGUUGUCUCUCAUGACAAAUGCCAGUUCGUCGAUCAGCAGGUUCUCAAACUUCAAGAAGCACCUGAUCAGGUACCCGUCGGUGAGCUGCCACGACAUGUGCUCAUCUCUGCGGAUCGGUACCUUGCAAACCGGGUCGUGCCCGGCUCCCGCUGUACUGUCAUGGGAAUCUUCUCCAUCUAUCAAUCCAAGAGCGGCAAGAAGCAUGCUGCAGUAGCAAUCCGCAACCCGUAUCUGCGUGCCGUUGGUAUCAGCACCGACCUUGACCACACCGUGAAGGGCAAUGCUAUUUUCUCGGAAGAAGAAGAGCAGGAGUUUCUGGAGAUCAGCCGGCGGCCGGAUCUGUACGAUGCUCUUGCUCGGAGCAUUGCACCUUCCAUCUACGGAAACCUGGACAUCAAAAAGUCCAUUGUGUGUCUACUCAUGGGUGGCUCGAAGAAAAUUCUCCCUGAUGGCAUGAAACUGCGUGGAGAUAUCAACGUCCUACUUCUCGGAGACCCCGGUACCGCAAAGUCUCAGCUUCUCAAGUUCACAGAAAAGGUAUCGCCCAUUGCCAUCUAUACGUCUGGUAAGGGUUCGUCGGCGGCUGGUUUGACUGCGUCCGUGCAGCGAGACGCAGCAACCCGCGAAUUUUACUUGGAAGGAGGUGCCAUGGUUCUGGCUGACGGAGGUGUCGUGUGUAUUGAUGAGUUCGACAAAAUGAGAGACGAAGACCGAGUCGCCAUCCACGAAGCUAUGGAGCAACAGACCAUUUCGAUCGCAAAGGCUGGUAUCACCACGAUUCUCAACUCGAGAACGUCCGUUUUGGCCGCCGCCAACCCCAUCUUCGGCCGCUACGACGACCUGAAAACACCCGGUGAAAACAUUGAUUUUCAGACAACGAUUCUGUCUCGUUUCGAUAUGAUCUUCAUCGUCCGGGACGACCACGAACGGAGUCGUGAUGAGAGCAUCGCGCGUCACGUCAUGGGUGUACACAUGGGUGGUCGAGGUAUUGAGGAGCAAGUCGAGGCAGAGAUUCCCAUCGACACGAUGAAACGAUACAUCAGUUACUGCCGAACCCGAUGUGCCCCUCGCCUCUCCCCCGAAGCUGCCGAGAAACUCUCCUCCCACUUCGUCUCCAUCAGAAAACAAGUUCACCGUGCCGAGCUCGACGCCAAUACCCGUUCUUCCAUCCCUAUCACGGUUCGUCAACUCGAGGCCAUUGUCCGUAUUACCGAGUCUCUCGCCAAGUUGAGCCUGUCUCCUAUUGCCACGGAGGCCCAUGUCGACGAAGCUAUCCGUCUUUUCCUGGCCUCGACCAUGGAUGCCAUCACCCAAGGUGAGGGCCAAGGCAGCAAGGAGAUGAUGGAAGAAGUCACCCGAGUUGAGGACGAAAUGAAGCGUCGUCUUCCUAUCGGAUGGAGCACCAGUCUUGCCACCUUGCGUCGCGAGUUCGUCGACGGAAGAGGCUACAGUGAACAAGCCCUAAACCGGGCACUCAUGGUCCUUCAGCGCAGAGAUACCAUACGUAUUCGCUCGGGAGGCUCACAGGUCUACCGUCACGGGGUGUAA